AUGGAUGCCGUUGAUGACAACAAUAAGCACCAGGCGCCGCAUCUAGCCGACUUUGCCGCGGACCGCGAACAACAGCAGAUCGACGAGGAUGCAGCAACAGCAGCAGUAAACAUGAAUAACGAUGUAAAAUACUCAACAACUGCUGCGAUUGGCGGCUGGGAACGUCAACUAUUUCGCUUUCAUCCGUAUCACGGCUCCAAUAUACAUCUGGAUGACGAUGCAACGGUCGCCUUUCGCCGCACCAGCUUUGCCGAUGCACUCACAUUCUCCGAGCGACCGCUGGCUCCCGGUGAUAUUUUCCUCGUCGAGAUUGAGAAAAUCGAACGUGGCUGGUCGGGACACAUGCGACUUGGCCUCACAGAGCUAACGCCAAACAUAAUUGGCAUGCGCAGCGAGGGAUUGCCGCACUUUGCCCUGCCGGACUUGGCCAAUUUGGGUAAUAGCUGGAUAUAUCCAAUUUCCAAAUUUGAGAUGAAUCAACGCCAAGAGCAAUCCGCCCAGGGUGAGAAUGUGGAGCCACAACUAAAUGAAACACCACAACGCAAUCUUUUGGGUGAUGCGACGCAUGUGCGGACACCGCGUGGCUUAUUACCAAAGAGACUGCUGCGACCAUCGAUGGACAAUGGCAACUCGGAUAUACUGUUAACCGAUCGAGGCUCACGCAUUGGCAUCAUCUAUGUGCCCACGGAGAAUGAUGCGUCCAAGGCCGAGUUGCAUUUUAUCAUUAAUGGUGUGGAUAAGGGCCCAGUGUCCAAGGAUAUUCCACUGAACAUGGCACCCUUGUAUGUGGUUAUCGAUGUUUAUGGCACAACCAAGCAGAUACGCAUCAUACAGUUGGAGGGCAUUUUAUCCUUACAAAGCGCUUGUCGCAAUGUCAUUUUGGAGCACAUCACAGCGGGCGCUAUUACGAGGCUGCCGUUGCCGGAGAGCAUUAAGCGUUUCUUGCUCCGACGAGAUUAAGGAACAGAGACACCAUAAAGCCACACACAGAGACACACACUUUAUGUAAUAGAGUGCUGUGCAUGAGCGUGCGACGUGAUAGCCUGUUUACCCAUAUAUACUACUUAUAUAUUUUAUACAUUGCAUUGUGUGUAUGGAAGUGAAGUGCCGCCGUUCAUUGACUUCCCAUUCAUUCCCUCGACGUCUCGUUCCAUAAUGCCGUGUGAAAUGUGCGGCAUAUUCAAAAGUUUUUGGGACAGUGGAAGGCGCUUUGCUCUGUUUUGUCACCUCCCCAGUUGGAGUUGCAAACGAAUUUUGUAUUUUCUUUCGUUCUGUAGAUAUAGUUUAUAAUACUUUUGGUUCCGUGAUACCAGUUCUUUAUAUUUAUAUUUUAUAUAUAUAUAUAUAUAUCUGUAUAUGUAGAAAAUGUUUGAACGCAUCACACAUGUAUUUUACUCAUUGUUGUCGUUGCAUUAACGAACAAUUUCCUCGACCCCAAUCCCAAAACUCACGCAAUGCUUUGGCUCAAAUGCGUACAUACAUUAAGAUAUGUACCAAGUGCUUUCUAUGCAUUGCUCUCCCAGACCAUCUAUAUAAAACCCCCCUUUCCCUUUUCAAAUGGAAAAAGCUACACGAACCGCCCCGCAGAAAACUCCAAACCAAGCACCGCUCUGCCUUUUAGCCGUUUCGGUCUAUCCAAGGCAAUUUCCGUUUCCGUUAUGUACCUUUAAGAAUAUUGUUGCUAAAUGUAAGUUAAGAUAAAAUUAUAAUAUACAUACUAUAUAUAUAUAUAUGAAUACGACGUAAUAUUGUAAGGGAUAAAGUGUAUGUGCAUUGUAUGUAAUAAAGACAUAAUAUAAUUAGGAUCCAAUAUAUGUAAAUCGAUACAAAAUCAAAUCAAAUAAAAAUACAAAAAUAAUUAAACAACUUUUUUGUGUUUUGUAAGUCUAAACUUUAUUCAAGCACCGCUCAAUUGUGUGUAUUGUUAGAUAUUAUUUGGAAUAGAAUGAAUACUCUAAUACUCUGUGCGUCUCUGUUUCUACUUGGAGCGAUUCUCAGCCAACUUGGUCUUGAAGAUCGCCUUCAGUUCAUCGGCACCUUCCCCGUUGGUGUCUUGGUAGUAGGGCAGCUCAGCCACCUUCUUCAGCCAUGCAGUCACUUUGGGAAACUUGAACUCAUCGAUGGGCGCCACAUCAUUGACAGAUGUCACAGUGGCUAUACAACAAAAGUCAGCAAUGGUCAGCUCAUUGCCGCACAGAUAAGUCUGCUCAUUGAGGAAACCCUCCAAAAUUUCAUAGCACUUCUGGAUGUAAGCGAUUUUAUCGAUGGAACAAUCCGUUGAGCCAUGGUAGAGAAUGGGUUCGUACAGGAAACGCAGACGGGCAAACAGAUGACCCGAGUCCAAGUGCAGACGAGCAUCGACAUUGGCACGCUUCACCAGAUCCUUGGGAUAGAGCGACUCAUGGUCGGCGCCAUACUUGCCCACCAAGUAGGCGCAAAUGGCGUGCGAAUCUGUGAUGGUGACAUCGCCAUCGAUGAGUGUGGGAAUCGUGUGCUGUGGAUUCAUUUUCACAAAUUCUGGCGUCAGAUGUUCACCUUUCAGUAGGUUAAUUGGGCUGCACAGCAUCAAGAAAUGAAAAUUGUCAUGUUAAUUGGCUUAAUGCAUUUGAGUGAAGAGUGGGCCGAGGGGGACCUCGGAGGCACAUACCGCAGUUCAAGUUCAAGACCAAUCGCCUUGGCCGUCAGCAGAACGGCGCGUGAGGGAGGGCUCAAGGUGGCAUAGUAGAGAGCUGGCUUCGACAUCGUGCUUGGC